CUUCUUCGAAGUAUCAAACUACUUUAAACGAGGACCACUAAGAAAAUCGACAAAAAGUAAAGGUCAAGCCAGACGAAAAGAAGGAAUAAACAGAGGAAAAAAUUGGAUUCAUUUGGAUAUUGAUUUAGUGGGCUCAGUUCAAUGGAGGCCGUUGAAGAAAUCAAGCUGAAGACUGGAGAAGAAAAGGAAGGGAAGAAAGAGGCCGAGGUUGGACAGAACGACGUCGGAGAAGCCGGACCUACUGGAUCUGUUGAUUUUUUGGUGAACAAAACGUUUUUGACCAACAACAUCUCCAAGUCCAUGUCAAUGCCAACAGCAGGAGAAAAUACAAAUCCAACUCAGCUUACAAUCUUCUAUGGUGGAAAUGUUUGUGUAUUUGAUUCGAUUCCAGCAGAAAAGGUUCGUGAAAUUAUGCAUAUUGCUGCAGCCGCUGCUGCAGCUGCCACUACUAAAUCUGGUGACAUGAAAAACAUUGGUACCAACUGUCCAACGACGUCACCAGUUCUAACAAGGUCUCCCUCUCUGCUGAGUGCUGCAUCUCCUUUGGGUUCUCCACAGGUGUCUCCAUAUCCUAUGCAGAGGAAUUCUUCCUUUUGCAAGUUGCAAGCUGAAUUACCAAUUGCAAGGAGGCAUUCCCUUCAGCGAUUUUUUGAGAAGCGACGAGACAGGUUGGUGAGCAAGAAUCCUUAUCCUGCGCAAUCUGGAACAAACAAUUCUGACAAUGCAACAGCCAAACUCAGCGCUGAAAAUUCAGAUGCAGGCUACUUUGAAAAAUCUCCAAUGCCUCAAGAAGAAUUCCAAGCUAAAGCAGCAGCUCAAAUGACCUGAAUAUAAGGUUAGAAGGUUGUCGUAAAUAAUGGAGAACCUAAACCUGUUUGAGAUAUUUUAGUCUUUACAGUAUUACUCGUAAGAUUGUGAAGCGUACACUUGCUGUGAUGAUGCUUGAAUUGCCUCAAGACUUCAAUGGUGAUAACAUGUGCCUAACUUAUUAAUUGUCCAUGCCUGAUGUUUACCUGACAAUGUCAAACUUGUUAUUAUCUGUCACUGGUUGUUUAAGAAACAGAUAUUCUGGUAUUUGUGGGAUGAUUAUAUAAAAGUGUCUUUGUUGUGUGGA